AUGCAAAAGAGAUUAUAUGAAAAAUACGGCGUCACCAUGAGUGGAGUAUUGAAAAGGAAGUAUGAAGAGCUGGGGGAUGACACUACCUACUGCUCCUCUUCCUCCUGCUCCCCUCUCUCCUCCUCAGCAUCCUCGGGCUGGGAGUCAGAUGAGGAGAGCUCCCAUGGAGAGCCCAAGCUCAGCUCUGCCUUAACACCAAGCUUCACCCCCACAUCUAUCCUGAAGAAAUCCAAGCGACUAAAGAAGAACAAUGUGGAGUUUGACCGGGUCACUGUGUUUUACUUCCCACGCUGCCAGGGGUUCACGAGCGUGCCUAGUCGCGGGGGCUGUACCCUGGGGAUGGUGAGCAAACACAGCUCCUCCCGGCAGUUCACCCUCGCCGAGUUUUCAAAGGAGCAGGAAAAUGUUCGUCGUGAGAAACUCGAAGAGAAAUUGAAAGAGGAGAAAUUGGAAGCACUGAAAUGGAAACUAACCAUGAAUGGCACGAAAGAAUCAGAGGAGGCUAACCAGCUCACCAUUGAAGACAUCUCUGAUGACGACAUCGACGUCAGCAACAUGGACAUAGAGGAUGGCUUCUUCCUUCAGCCCUACCCUGCCAAGAAGAGACGUGCACUGCUGAAAGCCAUGGGGGUGAAGAAAAUUGACAAGGAGGAGAAGCGGGAGCUGCACAACAUCCGCCUGUCCCGUGAGGACUGUGGCUGUGACUGCCGGGAGGUCUGCGACCCAGAGACCUGCAGCUGCAGCUUGGCAGGCAUCAAAUGUCAGAUGGAUCACACCUCCUUCCCCUGUGGCUGCACCAAGGAUGGCUGUGGCAACACUGAGGGCAGGAUCGAGUUCAACCAGGCCCGUGUGCAGACUCACUUCAUCCACACCAUCAUGAAGCUGGAACUAGAGAAGCAGCAGCGGAGCAAUGAGAAGGUGGUGGAGGCUGAGCUGCCUUUUCGGGAGCGGCUCUCGCCUUUGGGAUGUGCAGCAGGGAAGGGCUCUUUGGAAGAGCGUGCUGUGCCACUGGCUCCUGCCUUCCAGUUCAGCCCUGACCUGGAGGCCCUGGGAGAGAACAGCUGCAGCAGUGACAUGACAGACUCCUCCAUCUCCUCCCAUCCGAGUGAGGACCUGGAAGAGCCUUAUGAGAGCCUCCCGUCUGACAAAUCCCAGUCAGAUGUGGACGAUGACGGUUUGGCACGCAUCCUCCACUUCAACGACUCGGAUGCUGAGGAGGAGGGUGGCAAUGGCCAGGAUGACCUGAGCUGCUUCCACCCUGCUGACUUCUUCAUUGAGGACCACAGCAGCGAGGCCAAACCUGUCCCUGGCCACUUGUCCCAUCUCUCUGAGUGCCUGGACGAGAAUGCUAACCAGGACAGCGGGGGUUUGCUGGAGGAUGCUGCCCACGAACGCUGUGAUGGGCUGUCCUGCUGCGCCUCGUCCCCAGCAGAGCCCUGCUCCAAGAGCUAUGCCGACCUCAGCCUUUCCUCUGACUCCUUGGAUUUCUUCCAGUCAUUCUCAGACUAUAACUUGGGACCCCUUUACAACUCCUUAAAGGAGUAUGAGAACCUUGAUAACUUCUCAGCGUUACAGUUUCAGUUGCCUAAUUUCCCUGGCUUCCCGCAAGCUGGAGAUCAGGGCUCUUGUUUCUUGGAGUCCCUCAUUGGUUUGUCCGAAUCCGUCCCUGAAACCCCAGCCCCUUUCACAGACAAUCAACUUUUGGAGGAUGCCAUCAAGUCGUCACUGAUGGAGACGGUGAAAGUGUGAAAUGCCCAUGUG